GGAGGAGGAAGUGUGCGAGUAAGAGACAGUUAUUCGAACAAACCUCUGAAACAUAUUUAACAGGCAAGGCAACACUGGAGAUAACAAACAAGGACCAUAGAAGGAUUUGUGAAAGGACACAUAUUAGAACCAAUCGACCUAUUUAAAUAACAGAACCACUGAAGCAGUAACAUUGAAAAAACAAGAUUCGAAGAGCAAUUGGAUUUUACAAGCAAAUAAAAAAGUGGUAGCUACUGGAAAUUAAAUAAGAGGGCGUUUCUAAAGGAAUACAUGCUUUUUGGCGGACUUAAAAUCUCACUUUUUUUCUGAACAGGUGAACAAUGUGGGAUUGUAUUACAAACUAGAUACCUAGGAUGUUUAUUUUAGUCUUAAUUAACUUGGUGAAUUGCUAUAUUUAAGUAUAUACCAUUUAUUUUUUAGAGACAUAUGUACGUAUAUUGAUCAUCUGUAUCGUUGAUAAAACUAAGCCACAAGCAUGGCGCAAGACAAUUCGACCAAAUGUAGUAUUUCCAAUUUUGAUAAACCACUGGACCCCACUGUUCCAGCUAUUAUGUUUAUAUUUGGUGUUGUGGGAAACGUGAUAGCAAUUGUUGUUCUUUGCAAAUCCAGAAAGGAACAGAAAGAGACUACCUUCUACACCUUGGUCUGCGGACUAGCAUUUACCGAUCUGUUGGGCACAAUUCUCGUCAGUCCGGUCACCAUUGCCACCUAUGUAAAAGGAGGUUGGCCAGGUGGGGACUCACUCUGCGAGUACAGUGCUUUCAUUCUCCUCUUUUUUGGGCUGGCAGGACUUAGCAUAAUAUGUGCCAUGUCAAUUGAAAGGUAUAUGGCUAUUAACCAUGCCUAUUUCUACAACCACUAUGUGGACAAGAAGCUGGCAGGGUUAACACUGCUUGCGAUCUAUGUUUCAAACGUGCUGUUCUGUGCUUUGCCCAACAUGGGUUAUGGCAAGGCUAAGAAGCAAUACCCUGAUACCUGGUGCUUCAUAGACUGGAGAAGCAACGUGAGCACCGACGCUGCGUUCUCUUACAUGUAUGCGGGUUUUAGUUCUUUCCUUAUUUUGACCACUGUUGUCUGCAAUAUCUUGGUCUGUGGGGCGCUGAUCAGGAUGCACAGAAAGUUUGUGAGAAGGACAUCCCUUGGCACGGAUCAAAACAGGAUUGCAGAGUUUCGAAGAAGACGGAGUUUCAGUCGGAUGGCUGGUGCAGAAAUCCAGAUGGUGAUCCUGCUCAUAGCCACGUCCGUGGUGGUGUUGAUUUGUUCCAUUCCACUAGUGGUGCGAGUGUUUGUAAAUCAGUUGUACCAACCACAACUGGUGACGGAGAUCUACAAAAACCCUGAUCUCCAGGCCAUUCGCAUUGCCUCUGUGAACCCCAUCCUGGACCCAUGGGUCUAUAUUCUCCUGAGGAAGGCGGUUCUCCUCAAACUCAUUGAGAAGAUCAAGUGUCUCUUCUGCAGAAUUGGGGGACGCAGGCAGCGACCAGGUGACAAUUUCAACUGCAUAGAUGGCCAGCGAACUUCCUCGGUGAUGUCCCGAGAUUCCCCUUCCCUGGUGUCUCGGGAGCUAAGGGAGGUCAGCAGCACAUCACAGACUUUUUUAUACCUCCCGGAGAACAGAGAGAACUUCCUUGGCAGCUGUAGGAUAGGACGAGGGACGUCAGACUCUAGCACAGAAAGCUCUUCAUUAAGGACUUUCCGGAGCUCUAAUUAUUUACAAGAGCAGGACUCCAAAAACAGGACUUCAGUAAAUCAAUCCGGUUCAAAUUCAAGUAGUCGGCCCCCUUCUUAUCAAAAAGACCAUCCCCUCCAUGUGACUUUCACGGAUGAAACAUUGAACCUACAAGAAAAGUGUAUAUAGCUCUGACAAAAGACAUUUGCAAAAGAUGUAAACAGAAAUGUUCUUUUCUAAAUGACUUCUUAUGAUGGUGCAAUAGUUACACACUAUAAAUAGUAAGAAUGUUUUUUCACCAGUUUUUUUUUUUUUUUUUUUUUUGAUAAGGCCACUUCUUUUCUUGCUUCAUAUUUGUGUUAAGUUGGUGUAAUCAUUAUUACCGGCACUUUGUCCAAAAUAUACAGCUAAGACAUACUAAGGAUGUAAUUUAGGAGGGAAUCAUUUUAAAGUUGGAACAUCAAACAGGGAGCUGCUCAGAAUAGCUACUUUGUCAUAAAUAACUGAGCAUUAGUAACAGCGUCAUAGGAGAUAUAUUUUGGACUCUACCCCUUGUUAUGUGUUUUAUAGUCAAUGUUGUGUGUCACAAUGUGAUAUAAUGUGAAUUUCUGCUCCAUUCAGUUAUUAUGAAGGCACAGAUUGUAUAUAAUUUCUUCUCCAUGAGAAGGUUUCACGAAGAGGUGCAAUAACACAAUCUUUAAUUUCAAAAUCAGCAGCUGGCAGUUAGAAACCUAAACAUUUCAUGAUAGCAGCUGAAUUUAUUAAAGAAAAACUGAAUUUUAUAUUUUCCAACAUUCUCAUUCACCAGACAAGCCAGUAACUUAAGAAUAUCAAAUAACCACAGCUAACUGACUGCAAACAAGACGUUAUUGCGCCUCAACAAUAGAACACAUAGUGACACUAUGUGUGCAAGUCAUUUAAUACUACUUUGAAAAUGAAGACUCCCCUUGCGUUCACUGUGCAGCUUAACCAUAUUUCAGAAUAGAAAUAUGUAGUGGGAUAUGUAAUAAGUCCUACCAUUGAAAAGGCUUGCAUUAAUUUGUCAUAUAAGCUUCCACUAACUUCACAGCUUUCAAGUAUUUACUAUGGAACAGAUGGGAUCUUUCUUUUUAAAGUGUUAUGUAGUUACAGCUUUGCUGUACUAUAAAUAACAUGUACAUAUUUGUCCAUGGAUUUAAGCAUUUUUAUUAAAAAUGUUGCUGCUUGUUUAUGUGCAUUGCUUACAUUAAAUCACACAUUUUCUUCCUGAGCCUGAUGAUUGUGUUGACUAAAAAUAUUUUUAUUAAAAUAUACAUGUUAAAAACAAA